CGUUGAUGUUUUCCUGAUCAUAGCAUUGAUUGUUAAGAAUACUGUAGAAAAGAAGGAUUUUAUUAUAGAGACUAUCGCGUUGGCUGUUGGAUGAAAGGGGCAUAUUUGAAAUCUAUAACAUUGUUAAAUACUGCCGUAAAUGAUGGACAUCAUGGCCAAUGCUGUUGAUUUUCAGACACAGUUAACAUCCAUAAUGGAAAUGUUGGCGAAGACCGCUAUUGUAGAAAUAGGCAAACUCUUCGAGGAUAAUUCAUUGAUGCUGCGAUUAGAGAUAUCAAGAUGUACAAACCAAAUUGAAUCUCUGCGACAGAAAUGUCAUUUUCUGGAGAGUGAACUUCAAACAGCCCGGAAAACCGCUGGAAAGAUGAACGGGACAGAUGCUGCAUUGAGCGACGUGUUAACUGACACUGUACAUCGUCCCGCAAUUGACAAUGUCUUUGGUAAGGAAUGGUGCAUGGAUAUGUGGAGACAUGAGGAGUCAAAUGUUCGUCAAAAGGAGAACACACAUGUAGACUCUUCAGUCAUCACAGGAGAGCCAGUAAAUCUGAUGGAUGAAGAACCGGACAUGAUCAUGAUUAAAGAGGAGACAUUUGAGGAUUGCUCUGUGAAAGAUAAAACUGAGGUGGAUCAAAGUAACAGUUUGAGAGAAAUGCUGGUACAAGUGGAGUAUGAGGGAAACCUGAAAUGGGUCCGAAUCCCAAUUAAAAACGACUGCUAUGACUAUUACCAAUUCAUUCAAGAAGCUGCUACCAAGUUCAACAUGCCAAAUGGAACUAAUGUGGUCCUGAAAGACUCUGCAGAAGUUGAUGUUGAUUCUGAUAUUUUUGACGAGUUAGUGAGAUCAUCUAAUGUGUCUUUCAAACUUGGCAGUGGUGAUAAGUCUGCUGAAAGAGACUCGUCGGUUUCAUCAGUGGAAUCAGAAAGUUCAGCCACCACAGUAAUUCCGCAGUCUACAAAGGCAUGCAGAAGACAGCUGUUAGAAGAAGCUCCUGACAGUAGUGUGUCAAGAGAUUUGGUUCAUGCAGCUCUGUGCUCAAAACCAGGAGGCUCAGAUAUAUUGAAAGAGUACAACCAAACCAACAGUCUAUCUGACCAAACCCGAAGGAAACUGGUCAACAUCCUUGUGGCGGACAUGGUAGAGAGUCAUGGGAGGCUCCCAUCAGUCAAUAUGCGGAUAACCUAUGCUCUUGGGAUUGUGACUCUUUUCCCCAGUUUGAAGGAUAAGUGCUCACCAACGGGUUACGAACAGUACUAUGAUCCACUCAGUGGCAGGGGUUACCUUGCCUACAGAUUGAAAACAGUUCAGCGCAACUCAGGAAAUAACAUGAAGUGGAAAUCAAAAUCAGUUUACCAAUAUGGAAAAUCAAAGACAAUUUCCCAAGAUGGGCAAUCAAAGUCGGUUUACCAAGAUGGACCCAAGACUCCGCGUGUGACAUCUUCAACAGCUGUGCAGCUAUCAGAUGACGAAUGCAGAGAAGCUAUACUCGUGAUGAAGCAUUCGAAAGACCAAACAAUUGUUAAGGAGAGAAUGAAGGCAACCUUUAAGUACAGACGAAAUAUGAUACAUGAUCCAGACAAGUCUUCACUCAUCCUGGAUUACUUUCCCCGGUUCUUGGAUACGCCAGGCUUGAUUGAUCAAGACUUCACAAUACUCUUUGGAGAGGACAUCUCAUGCAGGUUUACUGCAAAAUGGCCAACAUUCUACAAGCCUAGAAUAAUUACUGACUGCAAAAACCUACGCCCUGGUACACAUGUGGAUGACCUUCUGUCUGCUCAGCAGGACUCUGAUUAUGGAUGGGACAGUGACGUGGCAGCUAUCCUCCUGCUGGUUCAUCUCUUGCCUCCAACCGUCAAAGGAAGGAAGACUUGGAAAAUCAGUGCCACUGAAGCUACUGACCGUGUGGUCAAGUUCAUGAAGGAGGGAACAAACAUUGGGACGUUCCUUGACCAAGUUGGAUCAACACAGCCUUUCCUUCUCUGUGUUGGGGAAAAGAGGAGUAGAAUCCAGAAGUUUUACAUUAUCCUGGACCAGAAGGCCAUCCCCUGCAUGACACAGACAGCCAUUGCAGCCUUUGACGAACUCUUUAAAAUGCACUUUGUGUUUGCUGUAUCCUAUGAUGUUGCCUUGUGCAAUUUCUACACGUUCAUUCAAACAACCGUGUAUGGAAUUGAUGUGGGCACUGCCAAGGAGAGUCCAAGGGUCAAGGAAAUCAGAGUGAGAAUUCAUAACACUGAGGUUUGAAUAUUUUUUGGCAUCUUGCUAAAACUUUUUGUCAUGUUACAUUUGUAAAGUGCACCACUGAAGUUGUGUGCUUUACAUGUAUUUUAACAUCCAAAGUUUAAUCAUGAUUUGUACCCAGGGUGUUCAUUGCCUUUGAAAUAUGGUGAACCUGGGUGGUCAUCAGUGUUUUAUACAUCAUGCGGAUUCAAGAAACAUUUAAGAAUGCUUGGAGAUUGUGUAGCCUCAGAUACUGUUGAUAAUUUAAGCAGUGGUGACAUUGUUCCUGUUUCAGUCUCACUGCAAAAUUGGGAUCCUCCCAUCACUUUUCCGGCUCCUGUUGAAAAUAGGCAGCUACUAGAUAGAUCUACAAAUAUCUGGAGUCUCCGAAAGUACUGUUCAAUAUUUAGUUGGUUCAAUGGUGCAAUUUGUAAUUGACACUCAAGCAAGAGAUGCUGUUCUUAAGUAUCUUUCGUCAGAGGUACCCUGGGUACCAGAAUUAACCAGAAGGGAAAUUGGGCAUGUGCCCAGGGGCACCACGUUCAUUUUUGUAAUUGCCUUAGGUCUGUUUUUAUUCCAAUUGUUAUUAUGUUUUUCAGUAUCAUUAAUCGUGUUUAAAUUAUUGUCCUGAGGUAAAUGACCAGCCAAUCAAUGACUACCCUUUCAAGAAGGUAACUUCAACGUGUAAACUAGUGUUGUCACGGUACUAAAAUUUCAACGAUACCAAUGAAAUUUCACGAUUCUCAAUACCAAUUUCAAUACCACAGCAAAAAUAUGCUAAUAUGAUAAUGUGCUAUUGAACACAGAAGUUUUGUUUUUUUAAAUAAUUUAAUAAUUAUUUUUAUGUUUUAAAGUUUAAUUUAAUUUAAUCAUCAAAAUGGUGUUCAAUCUAAUCAAUUAAUUCUUAAAAUUUAAUUUGUGAAAAAAUAACUUAUUAACAUGUCAUUACAUUUUCUUCUACCAAACGUUUAUUCAACAGUCUUGCUUGUGAUACAUCGAUUUUUUUUUUUAUUGUUAUUAUUACUAGUAUUACAGAGAAUAUUAAAUUUUACUAUACAGUUGUAAUAUAUUUUUUUAUUUAAUUUCUUCAAUUUCAAGAUUCUAGCUUUUAUUUUUAAUCGUGCUUUUAUUAUGACAUGUGUUUUUUUCCUGGAAGCUUCACUUUUCCAGAUGAACAGAUCAUGACAUGGCCCAGUGUGAUCAUUGAAGACUUUCUAGUCACGUCUGAAAUCUCAUCUCUUUACACUGUCCUUUGAGUCUGACAAAUGAAAUGUUGGACAUAGUUUUGAAGUGUUUGUAUUUUUAGACUACUAGUGUUUGUGUAUGUAGUAAUUUUGAAAUGUUAUAGAAAAUGUUUUACAUUGUAUUACUGUGAAGCACUUUGAAUCAACUCUGUUGUUUUAAAUGCUAUAUAAAUAAAGUUGAGUUGAGA